AAACGUUGCUAUCCGGCUCCUAGUGAUUAGGAGUAUAUCAGUAUCAGUAGCACACACAUUGUCAUAUUAACAUUAAUGGAACUACUAUUUGCUAAACCUACGUUUGGCUAACGAGUAGGGUCUGGGAACGAGAAUGAGACGUGUGGUGGCUGUGUCACGCAUUCCUUUUUUCGUUUUGGUCACUUGAACGAAAACAGAAAGCCGACGGGCAAGAAGGCAAGGAGUUGGAAAAAAAGCAAGAGCCAUCACGUCAACAAGGCAAUGACAUCAUCCAAACCAAUCAAGCUGGUGAUCUGUGGUGGAGGCAAUGGUGCUCAUGCCUGGGCUGGUAUAGCUUCAUCUCAGCCAGACACUGAUGUAUGUGUUCUAUCCUUGUUCCAAGAUGAAGCAGAGAGAUGGUCUAACUCUCUCAAGGAACAUGACUUCACUGUUAACCUGUACAGUAAAGGAGAGUGCUACAAGAAGCUGAAAACCAAACCAAGACUGGUUACUAAGAAACCAGAGGAGGUGAUUCCCGGAUGUGAUUUCAUCGCUUUUGUCAUGCCAGCCUUUGCGCAUGAGCAGUACUUAAACGCGAUCAAGCCAUACGUAGAAGCAGGAAUGAUUAUUGUAGGACUUCCAGGACAAUCAGGGUUUGAAUUUCAAGUCCGUGGAAUUCUGGGACAAAUUUCUUCACAGAUUACUAUUUUCAAUUUUGAGUCGCUGCCAUGGGCAACACGAAUUGUGGAGUUCGGCAAAUCCUCUAACGUGAUUGGUACCAAAAGCAGUCUCAUUGGUGCUGUGCAGAAAAGCCAAGUACAGACACCCGAGAAUCCAUGUUCAGUGAUACAAAGGCUUCUGGGUGAGCACCCUGUUCUAAACGUCAAGGGUCAUCUGAUUGGUGCUUCUCUGAUGUCAAUCAAUGGAUAUGUGCACUUAUCCAUCUUGUAUGACUGCUGGUCUAACUGGGAUGGACAACCAAUAGAUGGGCCACCUGCGCCAUUUUACCUUUCUAUCAACAACUCUUCUGCUCAAUUGAUGAGUGAUAUGUCUGAUGAAGUUGUGGCUAUUGGUGAGGCUGUUGCUGAACAGAGUCCAGAGACAGACAUGUCCCAGGUACAACACAUCCAUGACUGGUACAAGCGGUGCUACGAUAAAGAUAUAGUUGACAAAACCACCCUUUAUACUUGUAUCAAGACCAACAAUGCUUACAAAGGCUUGAAUCAACCCAUGGUCAAAACAGAAAAAGGUAAGUUUGUACCGGAUUUUAAGUACAGAUACUUCACUGAGGAUAUUCCAUAUGGUAUCAUAGUAAUGAGAGGUAUUGCUGAGGUAGUGGGUGUGGCCACACCCCAUAUUGAUAAAGUCAUCACUUGGGUACAGAAGGUAAUAAACAAGGAAUAUCUUGUGGAUGGGAAAAUCCAAGGAAAAGAUGUAAAGGAGACACGAGCACCUCAGAGAUAUGGGUACACUACUCUGAAGGAGUUGUUGGGACAGCAAACUCAAUAGAAAUGAGCAAAAUAUUAAAUGGAUUUGAUUGGUUGAUAUAGUACUUAAGGUAUUAGGAUACGUUUACGACCACUAUGCGCGCAAACUUAAAUAACGCGCUGGCUUUAUAGUAUAACACAAACAAAGUAUACAUUUUCUGAAAGCUGAGUAAACAUAGUUUAUGAAGAAAUCUUCAAAAUACGAUUUUUUCAAUUGUUGUUCACAUUAUUGUCCUCCAAGCGAAAUUUGACCAUGCCUCAGUGAAAACGUUAACGUACACGUACAUUUUAAGCAAUGUUUGCGAAAAAUGUCUUAACAUACUCAGGAGAAAAUAAGCUCCAAAACUGUGUCCCAGAUUUUUGAUAUCUGUUUUAUGUCUCUCGUUAUUUUUGAUCAAAGUUUGGCGAUUACUUUUGGUGUGUUGUUUAGAGUAAAAAGCGUCAUAACUUUGGAAAGAAAUUAAAUUUCAAAAAUCGGAGACACCCUUUUUUGGAUCAUGAGUUACUUUWUAAACUCUCCAAAUUUUAGAAAAAUCGAAUGAAAUCCAAAAAAAAAAAAAAAAAAA